AUGGGGUCAGAGGGAAACAAUAAGAACUCGGUUGUGACACAAGUAAGUAUUGGUGGAUUUUGGGAGUCCACUACUGCAAAAGAACUUACAGAUUACCUUGAAGAUGAAGUAGGGCUCAUUUGGCGAUGCAGAUUAAAAACUUCUUGGACUCCUCCUGGGUCUUAUCCUAAUUUUGAGAUCACGGACACUUCAAAUAUCCCCACGAUUGAUGAUUACAAGAAAGUGGAGCCUCAUGCGUUUGUCCAUUUCGCAGUUCCUGAAUCAGCAGCUCGUGCCAUGGAUGCUGCGGGGCAAUGCAAGCUCAUCCUGGAUGGCCAGCCAUUAAAAGUCAGCCUGGGGCCUAAGAACCCAUAUACCCUUAACCAAAGAAGAAGAACGACUACACCAUAUAAGUUGGCCGGUAUUUCAAUUGAGAUUGGGACAUUGGUUUCCCGGGAUGAGUUUCUUGUUUCUUGGAGAGCUGAAGGGAUCGAUUUCCUGGUAGAUCCUUUUGACAACACGUGCAGAUUUUGCUUCACAAAGACCACUGCAUUCGCUUUCAAGGACACAGUGAUGCAUGCGGUGAUAAAUUGUGAUUUCAAGUUGGAGUUCUUGGUGAGAGACAUACGAACAGUGAGGCAGUAUAGAAAGUUGGAUGGAUUUGUUCUUCUUUUGCAGCUGGCUUCGUCACCCCGUGUCUGGUACAGAACUGCUGAUGAUGAUAUAUACGAAACUGUCCCUGCCGAUCUCUUGGAUGAUGAUGACCCUUGGAUCCGUACCACUGAUUUUACCCAAACUGGGGCUAUUGGUCGAUGCCUUUCAUACCGAGUUCUCAUAUCUCCGCGGUAUGAGAAGAAAUUGACAACAACCUUAGAUUAUCUAAGGAUGCGAAGGGUGCAGGAGGAACGUGUGAGGUGGCCUCCCAGGAUUCGUGACGAGCCCUGCUUUGGGGAGCCUGUGUCAGAUCAUUUCUUCUGUAUUCAUCACAAAGAAGGGAUCUCCUUUGAGAUAAUGUUCCUAGUAAAUUCGGUGUUGCACAGGGGGAUUUUUAACCAAUUUCAGUUGACUGAGCCUUUCUUUGAUCUUCUUAGAAACCAGCCUAGGGAUGUCAAUAUAGCUUCUCUCAAGCAUCUUUGUACUUAUAAACGACCAGUUUUUGAUGCGUACAAGAGACUGAAGCUUGUUCAGGAAUGGAUUCAGAAAAAUCCAAAGCUUUUAGGGGGUCAUGAACAGUCUGAUGAUAUCUCUGAGAUCAGAAGGCUAGCGAUUACCCCAACCAGAGCUUAUUGCCUACCCCCAGAGGUUGAGCUCUCCAACAGGGUACUCAGGAAAUACAGAGCUGUGUCUGAAAGAUUUUUGCGUGUAACUUUCAUGGAUGAAGGCAUGCAGACCAUGAAUUCAAAUGUUCUCUCUUACUUUGUUGCUCCGAUUGUGAAGGAUCUGACAUCAAGCUCUUUCUCUCAGAAAACCCAUGUUUUUAAAAGAGUAAAGACCAUAUUAACAGAUGGGUUUAAACUAUGUGGUAGAAAAUACAGUUUUCUAGCAUUCUCGUCCAAUCAACUGAGAGACCGCUCUGCAUGGUUUUUUGCUGAAGACGGGAAAACAAGAGUGUCAGAUAUAAAGAAAUGGAUGGGGAAGUUCAAAGACAAGAAUGUGGCAAAAUGUGCUGCUAGGAUGGGCCUGUGCUUCUCCUCCACAUACGCCUCUGUAGAUGUCAUGCCUCACGAGGUUGAUACUGAGCUUCCGGAAAUUGAGAGAAAUGGGUAUGUUUUCUCUGAUGGAAUUGGUACAAUUACACCUGACCUCGCUGUCGAAGUAAUGGAGAAACUUAAGUUGGAUCUGAAUUGUACCCCCUGCGCUUAUCAGAUCCGUUACGCAGGUUUCAAAGGAGUUGUUGCUCGUUGGCCAUCAAAAGGUGAUGGAAUCCGGUUAGCUCUUCGACCCAGUAUGAACAAGUUCCAUUCUAACCAUACCAUCUUAGAGAUCUGUUCCUGGACCCGGUUUCAACCUGGUUUCUUAAACCGGCAGAUAAUUACCCUCCUUUCUGUACUAGGUGUACCAGAUGAAAUAUUCUGGGAUAUGCAGGAAACUAUGCUCUGUAAACUGAACCGCAUCCUUGAUGAUAUAGAUGUGGCAUUUGAAGUUCUCACAGCAUCAUGUGCUGAACAAGGAAAUACUGCAGCUAUCAUGCUAAGUGCAGGUUUCAAACCAAAAACUGAGCCACAUCUGCGAGGAAUGUUGUCUUCAGUAAGAAUUGCACAACUCUGGGGCCUCAGGGAAAAGUCUCGUAUUUUUGUUACUUCAGGAAGGUGGCUAAUGGGCUGCCUAGACGAAGCAGGGAUCCUUGAACAGGGACAGUGCUUUAUCCAAGUCUCAAAACCAUCUAUAGAAAAUUGUUUCUCCAAACACGGGUCUCGUUUUAGGGAGACAAAAGCAGAUCUGCAAGUAGUCAAAGGCUAUGUAGCCAUUGCUAAGAAUCCUUGUCUUCACCCAGGGGAUGUAAGGAUUCUAGAAGCUGUUGAUGUACCCCAGCUGCAUCACAUGUAUGACUGCCUUAUCUUCCCUCAGAAAGGUGAUAGACCCCAUCCAAACGAAGCUUCUGGCAGUGACCUUGACGGGGACCUGUACUUUGUGGCUUGGGAUCAGAAACUCAUCCCUCCCAGCAAAAAAAGCUGGGCCGCAAUGCAAUAUGAUGCAGCAGAAGAGAAGACUUUAGGCCGUCCUGUCAACCACCAGGAUAUAAUCGAUUUCUUUGUAAGAAACAUGGCGAACGAGCGUUUGGGUACAAUCUGCAAUGCACACGUGGUUCAUGCUGAUAGAAGUGAGUAUGGAGCCAUGGACGAAGAAUGUUUGCUACUAGCAGAACUAGCUGCCACAGCAGUUGAUUUCCCAAAGACAGGGAAAAUCGUGACAAUGCCGUUCCACCUGAAACCAAAACUCUACCCAGAUUUCAUGGGGAAAGAAGACUACCAAACUUACAAGUCGAAGAAAAUCUUGGGUCGGCUUUACAGACGGGUAAAAGAAGUUUACGAUGAAGAUGCAGAAGCUUCCUCGGAAGUAAACUCAGACCCAAGUGAGGUCCCUUAUGACACUGAUCUUGAAAUACCAGGAUUUGAAGAUUUCGUCCCUGAGGCAUGGGGUCACAAAUCUUCUUACGAUGGGCAGCUCAUUGGUCUUCUCGGGCAGUACAAAGUGCAGAAAGAGGAAGAGAUUGUGACAGGUCACAUCUGGUCCAUGCCUAAAUACACUAGUAAGAAACAGGGUGAGCUGAAAGAAAGACUGAAGCAUUCUUAUAAUGCCCUGAAGAAAGAGUUCAGAAAAGUAUUCGAGGAAACAACAAACCAGGAUCACGAAAAUCUCAGCGACGAGGAAAAGAACUUGUUGUAUGAGAAAAAGGCUUCAGCUUGGUAUCAUGUCACUUACCACCCCAAGUGGGUAAAGAAGUCUUUAGAGCUGCAAGAUCCAGAUGAGUCGUCUAGUCAUGCAGUGAUGCUGAGCUUUGCUUGGAUUGCAGCUGAUUAUCUUGCAAGAAUCAAAAUCAGGUCACGGGAAAUGGGAAAUAUCGACUCGGCCAAGCCUGUUGAUUCUUUGGCCAAGUAUCUUUCUCAACGUCUCUAA